GACUAGUGACUGAUCUGACAGACAGCUGGUUUUUAACCUAUACUUUAAGCUCGUGUUAUUGGUAUUUUUUCUGAUUUAAAAUCAAUGAAAACAGUUUCAUAUUUUACUCGUAAGAAAGUAUAAUGAAAGCCAGAUAUUUAACAUUCUUCUCUUACAUAGGAACGCGGUUUAGGUCUUCCGAAAAGAUAUGGUUGAAAGAGGGCCGCAACUACCCAGAUCUUGAAAGUAUUCAAGGUUUGAUGGAAUUUGCGCUUCUCAGGCUUAAGUCAAUGAACUAUCCUAGUCUUACGCUAUCGAGCCGUACAGAUGGUGGAGUCCAUGCCUUGAACACAAGUGCACACUUUGACUUGGACAGGUUCGGCUCUUCCAUAUACAACACAGAAAACAUCACUUACACUCUGAACAAAUUCUUCUACAAACACAAUUACAGCAUUUUUGUUAAGAAAUGUAUUAGAGUGCAUGAUAACUUCCAUGCAAGACACCAGGCUAUUGGUAGAACCUACUUGUACAGAUUAGCAGUGAAAAAGGAUGAAGUAGUUCUUCCUGAGAAUAUUACAAUAGCCUCAUACAUACCCAUAGAAGAGUGGAGACGGUGUCAUUUUAUGAGAUUACCAGGUUUUGAUAUAGAAAAAUUCAUAGAAGGCUCCAAAUAUUUUGUUGGUUACCAUGACUUCACGUCAUUCAAGAGGUUUGACAAGUUAAAACAGCACAAGCACAACAGGAGAGAGAUUCAGUACAUUAAAGUGAGGCCGGGCAAGCCUAAUCUUACCAGCUACGAGAGGGGAGAAGAAAGCAUAUUCAAUUAUUGGGAUAUUGAGAUCAGAGGGAGAGGAUUUGUACACAAUCAGAUCCGUCGCAUGGUAGGGACACUCAAUGCUGUAGCCGCUGGCAAGCUCCCAGUUGAAGAAAUAAAGGUUAUGCUGCAAAUUCCUUCCAAGCAUUCUUGGCACAAUUCUAUCCAAGCAGGUCCUGCAGACGGCCUGUACCUGUGCGAUGUACAUUAUAACCCUGAGGAUCUAGUCUAUGACCCUGAGAAAACCCUGGAAGAAAAGGACGAAAGUGAUAGUGAUACUGAAUGUGAUUAA